AUGGGAUCAUCGUCCCUGUCAAUAGCCAACUUCAGGUUCGAGCAGCGCGCCUCUGGGUUGGGCAUCCACGUUACGACACCGCGCCUCUCCUGGCAUAUUGACGCACCAGCAGGGCUGUCAAACUGGAUGCAGACAGGAUACCAAGUCCAAGUCAGCCGCCGUCGGAAACGAAACGGCGAGACACUGUCCUUUGGUGUCCAGAGCCCCGACACAGUCCUUAUCCCGUGGCCCGACACGCCCCUCAACUCGCUCGAGAGAGCCCAUGUCCGAGUUCGUUCCUUUGGCACAAGCAGCGGCACGCCAGCCGAUACGGAGUGGUCGGAUUGGUUCACCGUCGAAGCGUCCAUUCUUGACGAGGACAGCUGGAUCGCAAAGCCCAUCACCAGUCCGACAGAUCUGCCAGGCGGCGAGUGUUCAGCGGAGAAUGGGUUCCGGCCGAUGCGCUUUCGAAAAGUCUUCGACGUCCCCGAGAAGGCUGCGCGGAGCCGAUUGUACAUCACAGCCCUGGGUCUCUAUGAAGCCCGUCUUAACGGACGGCGCAUCGGGGAUGAGUGCCUUGCCCCAGGCUGGACGACGUACGACGCGCGCCUCCAGUUCCAGGCAUUUGAUAUCAGCUCCUUUCUUGUUGCUGGCACCAACAUUCUGGUGGUGGACGUGGCCGAGGGCUGGUACGCUGGGAGACUCCUCUGGGGCGAGGGCAAGUCUCGCAUCUACGGUGACCGCAUAGGACCGCUGGCGCAGCUCGCCCUAUUCGACUCGGACGCAGCGUCGACCCCGUCGAGGUGGAUCGUCACGGACGAGACAUGGGAGUGUAAGCCACAGGCCACCACGUCCAGUAGCCUGUACGACGGGGAGACGUACAAUCUGGGCCUCGAGUAUGACCCGUGGGAUCUGAAUGACUCCGGAUGGUCUCCCGCAGAGGUCCUGGAGCCUGUCCGCUCCGCGCUCGUCCCCUCCUCCUGCGACCCAGUCAGGGUGACGCAGGUCGUCCGCCCCGUAUCCAUCUCCAAGGAUCCCGACGGCAAGGCACUGGUGGACUUUGGACAGAACCUGGUGGGGAGAGUCAGGAUACCGCUCCUCGCCCGACCAGACGGUCAUCAGCUAGUCAUGCGCUUCGCAGAGGUCUUGGAGGAGGGCAGACUAGGCGUCCGUCCGCUGAGGCAGGCCAAGGUCACCGACACCGUCAUCUUCGCGGGUGGUCGACAACUCGAGAACUGGGCCCCUCGCUUCACGUACCACGGUUUCCGCUACGUCGAGGUCAGUGGAUGGCAUCCUGACGACACGGAGGGACCGCUGACGCUAGACUCGCUCGUGGCCGAGGUCCUCCACACCGACAUGCGACGCACCGGUCACUUUGCGUGCUCAGACGAGCGAGUGACGCGGCUACAUCAGAACGUCCUCUGGUCGAUGCGUGGAAACUUUGUAGGCCUUCCAACCGACUGCCCACAGCGAGACGAGCGCCUGGGCUGGACGGGCGAUAUCCAGGUCUUCAGCCCGACGGCGAGCUACAUCUACGACUGCAGCGGGAUGCUGGCAAACUGGCUGCGCGACGUGGUUGCCGAGCAGGCCAUGAACGGGGGCAUUGUCCCACUCGUCAUCCCCAACGUCAUGAGGGAUGGUCCGUGGCCGACGGUGCCCCAGGCUGUCUGGGACGAUGUCAUCAUCAUCCUCCCCUGGAACCUCUACCGCAACUUUGGCGACGCGCAGGUGCUGCGGGACAACUGGCCCGCCAUGGAGAGCUACCUCCGGUCGGUGCGUCGUGCUAGCGAUGGGCUCUGGGACCCGGCGCUCUGGCAGCUUGGUGACUGGCUCGACCCGGCAGCACCUCCUCACGAGCCGGGCCUCAGCCGCACAGAUGGCGUCUUGGUGGCGGACCAGUAUCUCGUCCACGUCACGUCUCUCAUGGCCAAGAUUGCCAGCGUACUGGGCCACGCGGAUUCUGCCGACAUGUACACGCGCGAGCACGCCAGGCUGAAGCAAACAUUCCAGGACAAGUACAUGGCCAAGUCAGGCCUCGUCGUGGGCGACUCCCAGACGUCCCUGUCCCUGUCGAUGCGCUUUGACCUCCACGCGACGCCCGAGCAGCGCAAAGUGGCGGGCGAUCGCCUGGCGCGCCUCGCUCGCUACGCAGGGUUCCGCAUCUCGACGGGCUUCGCAGGCACACCAGCGGUGCUCGAGGCGCUGACGCAGGGCGGCCACAGCCAGCUAGCGUACCGGAUGCUGCUCGAGGAGUCGUGUCCGAGCUGGCUGUACCCGGUGUCGCAGGGCGCGUCGACGAUCUGGGAGCGGUGGGACAGCAUGCUCGAGGACGGCCGCAUCAACCCGGGGGAGAUGACGAGCUUUAAUCACUAUGCCCUUGGCAGCGUGGCCGACUGGCUGCACAGGACUGUCGCGGGUUUGAGUCUGCUCGAGCCCGGCUGGAAGAAGGUCCUCGUGAGCCCGAAGCCGGGGGGCACGAUUACGAGUGCGCAGGGCAGGUUUGAGAGCCCUCAUGGUACGAUCAGCUGCCGCUGGGAACUCGUCGAGGACAACCGCAUGGUCCGAGUGCAUCUCACGAUCCCGCCCAACGUCCAGGCUGUCGUGGACGAUCCUCGAGGCGAGUACGUGGUGGGUUCGGGCAGGCACAUUGUCGACUGGCCGCUCCCAAAAGAGGAGGAAGCCUGGCCGCCACAGAAGCAGGUGAUUGCGUUUGGUAUGUAG